CACAUUCCUCAUUAUCAUCCACACAGACACCCUAAUUGUUCUCUCUUUCUCCGUCACAUUUCACUUCCAAAGGAUCAAGCGAAAAUGAAGACGACCAGUUCGAGCGUAGGAGGAACGAAGAUGAAGAUGUGGAGCCGAGGAGUGGGAGGAGUGGUUAGAGAGCAAAAGGCUAAACUUUACAUCAUAAGGAGGUGUGUCGUCAUGCUUCUUUGUUGGCAUGACUAACAAAAGAAGAAGAAAAUCAAAAUCAUUUUCAUAAUCGGCUUAAGGAAGACUAACCCAAUAUUUAGUUCUUUUUUUUUUUUGUUUUUGUUGUUGCGGAUCUUCCUUAUAUAACUCUUGGGAAGAAGCUUAUAUGUGUUGGCUUUCUAUACGGAGCUAUGCAUGUAUUUCUGUAGUUUUUUUCAUCCCAAAGAAGGGUUUUUCGGAUGUAAAUUAGUAGCUAAUUUCAUUGUCUUUUGUUGCUGUUUUCUUCUUUCUGGUUGAUUAAGUUUAUUUUCUGA